AUGCUCGGUCGAUUCCGUCGCGCUGCGCAGAAAGUUGCGCGCGCGCCGCGUGACGUCAUCGACGAGGACGCAGACGCGGCGUAUGACGUAUCUCACUACUUCUGCGAUGACGUCGCCGAUCCCUGGAGGCAGAAUGAUGCUCUAGAACGCGAACGCCUGUCACAGCAUGCGGCACUGCGGGAGCUUGUGUCUCGCGGUGACUGCGCCCAGCUUAAAGCUCGGUUGAGCGCGCUCGGCAACCGCGCCGGCCUGAUAGCGAAUCUAACGCCUGGGGGAGCUAAUACUUUGCUUUAUGUCGCCUCAGAAGCCGGUCUCACCCAAGCGGUCUCCUCCCUCCUAGACGCCGGCGCUGACGGACGCGCUCACCCAGUCACCAAGUACUGCCCGCUAUACAUCGCCUGCUACCACGGCCACGCGGACAUCGCCAGGCUGCUGCUCGCCUCCUUCCCGCAAGCUGUGCAGGUCAGUAGACCACAGCGUGGUGCUGUGCCCAGCUGGAGAUUGUCAAGUUAUAGCUCGUGGUCUACCAAGUACUGCCCGCUAUACAUCGCCUGCUACCACGGCCACGCGGACAUCGCCAGGCUGCUGCUCGCCUCCUUCCCGCAAGCUGUGCAGGUCAGUAGACCACAGCGUGGUGCUGUGCCCAGCUGGAGAUUGUCAAGUUAUAGCUCGUGGUCUACCAAGUACUGCCCGCUAUACAUCGCCUGCUACCACGGCCACGCGGACAUCGCCAGGCUGCUGCUCGCCUCCUUCCCGCAAGCUGUGCAGGUCAGUAGACCACAGCGUGGUGCUGUGCCCAGCUGGAGAUUGUCAAGUUAUAGCUCGUGGUCUACCAAGUACUGCCCGCUAUACAUCGCCUGCUACCACGGACACGCGGACAUCGCCAGGCUGCUGCUCGCCUCCUUCCCGCAAGCUGUGCAGGUCAGUAGACCACAGCGUGGUGCUGUGCCCAGCUGGAGAUUGUCAAGUUAUAGCUCGUGGUCUACCAAGUACUGCCCGCUAUACAUCGCCUGCUACCACGGCCACGCGGACAUCGCCAGGCUGCUGCUCGCCUCCUUCCCGCAAGCUGUGCAGGUCAGUAGACCACAGCGUGGUGCUGUGCCCAGCUGGAGAUUGUCAAGUUAUAGCUCGUGGUCUACCAAGUACUGCCCGCUAUACAUCGCCUGCUACCACGGCCACGCGGACAUCGCCAGGCUGCUGCUCGCCUCCUUCCCGCAAGCUGUGCAGGUCAGUAGACCACAGCGUGGUGCUGUGCCCAGCUGGAGAUUGUCAAGUUAUAGCUCGUGGUCUACCAAGUACUGCCCGCUAUACAUCGCCUGCUACCACGGCCACGCGGACAUCGCCAGGCUGCUGCUCGCCUCCUUCCCGCAAGCUGUGCAGGUCAGUAGACCACAGCGUGGUGCUGUGCCCAGCUGGAGAUUGUCAAGUUAUAGCUCGUGGUCUACCAAGUACUGCCCGCUAUACAUCGCCUGCUACCACGGCCACGCGGACAUCGCCAGGCUGCUGCUCGCCUCCUUCCCGCAAGCUGUGCAGCAAGAGACGGUAGAGAAAUGGCUGCCUCUCCAUGCGGCGUGUAUCGGCGGUCACGCGGCGAUGGUCACCUUGCUACUGGAAUACCCGUACCCUGAUAGCGUGCUCACUACUUAUACCGACGCUACGGGACAGUGGCAGUACUCGGCGGCGUUCGACGUGAACGCGCGUGACGUCAGCGGUCAGACCGCGCUGUACGUCGCCUGCACUCUUGGCAACUUGCAGCGUUCACACGCGUUCUAUAAUAUACUCGACGCUACGGGACAGUGGCAGUACUCGGCGGCGUUCGACGUGAACGCGCGAGACGUCAGCGGUCAGUCCGCGGUGUACGUCGCGUGCACUCUUGACAACUUGCAGCGUUCACACGCGUUCUAUAAUAUACUGUAG